AUUCAAGGCGCGGCUCAGGAACAGGUGCGCGGAUUCACCUUUUUUGUUCGUCGGUGAUUUAUUUACAAAAGACUCCUGGGAUAAACAGCAGAGGACUUUAUUUUACCUAUCUAUAUUUAUUUAUUUUGUGGAGGAAACUUUUCUUACAGGUGGACUCUUUUUGUGUGAGAUCAGGUCAGUCUGAACAGGUGCAAUGGCAAACUCAGGUCUCCAGAUCUUAGGCUUUGCUCUGGCUCUGUUGGGCCUGAUUGGACUGAUCAUUGGGACCAUCCUGCCCCAGUGGAAGAUGUCCGCUUAUGUUGGAGACAACAUCAUCACGGCCGUGGCCAUGUAUGAAGGACUGUGGAUGUCCUGCGCGUUUCAGAGCACAGGACAGAUCCAGUGCAAAGUGUACGACUCCAUCCUGCAGCUCAACAGUGCCCUUCAGGCAACACGUGCCCUCAUGAUUGUGAGCAUUAUUGUAACGGCUGCUGGUUUGGGUGUAGCCUGCAUGGGAAUGAAGUGCACUACCUGUGGAGGAGAUGACAAAGCAAAGAAAUCCAAAAUUGCAAUGGCUGGUGGAAUUAUCCUGGUGGUCGGAUCUUUGUGCUCAAUUGUUGCCUGCUCGUGGUACGCUCACGACAUUAUCCAAGCCUUCUACAACCCCUUCACCCCUGUCAACACAAAGUAUGAGUUUGGUUCUGCUAUCUUCAUCGCCUGGGCCGGAGCCUUCCUCGUCAUCAUUGGGGGUGGAAUGCUGGCUGCGUCUUGUCCACGGGGCAAAUCUGUAUCUGCACCCAGGUAUCCCCGAGCUCCUAGCAGCAGCAAGGAGUACGUGUAAACAAGACAGGACUGUGGUGCGAGGCCCAAGGAACACUUUGACAUUCAAACUAGCCAACCUGAGAAUGACCAGUUGUACAUUAGGCAGAAGUUUAUCGCCUCAGCUUUUUGAACUUUCAGGGUUGCCCUGUGUUGUUACUGUAACAUUUUAACACAUUUUUAAUACCUGUUUACUUCAUUAUCAGAUUUGUGUCGUAGUCAGUGCUCACCUCUGGAGAUGGUUCAAAAUGUCACAUAAAGCACUAAAGUAACCUUCCAUACUGAGAUCUACAAUGUAAAUUUUCAUUUCUGUUCAACUUUGGAGAAAUGUCUAAGUGCACUGAAUAAAUCUCCAUUUAGACAGUCCCUAAAUGAUCUGACACUGCAGCGGAGGUCCUCAUGUCAUGUUAAACCAUGUAAAUGUGCCUUAUUUAUGCUCAGUACGGUUGACGUUGUAAUCAAUGCCUAGUUUUGUAAGUAGAUCAUGCUGGAUUGUUGUGAACUUGCUGAGAGGCCAUUGUGUUGUGCCACGUAACGGAGGCUGAUCGGCAAAAUAUAAUUGAUGUGAAUACAGUGUUUGUUUCUGCAAUGCAAAAAAUGCAGGUUUUUAAACUUUUGUUGUAUAUUAAUAAAAAAAAAAUAUAUAUCAUACAUGUC